GGAACAACUAGGAAAAGAAGGUCGUGAGUAACAUGGCGGCGCUGUGUGUUAUGAAGUCUGUUAGGACGGCGCUCAGUGCGGCUCACUGCGCCUUUACUAACAAUAACUCAGCGUUACCGCUGAGAUUACCCAGUUUGUCCCUUUUCAGUUUCACUUCAAUUCGGGGGAUUCGACAGGUGGUAGAAAAGAAGGAGGGUAAAACUACAGUGAUAGAGGGUGUGACAGUUGCCACACAAGUGGGCCCACAGCCUCCUAACCCAACAGCAAAGUGCCCUAUUUACCGGUGGAACCUUCAGAACAAGUACACAUACACGGACGUGUUGCUUCUCAGUCAGUUCAUCCGCUCAGAUGGAGGGAUGCUGCCAAGGCGUAUCACGGGCCUAUGUGCUGAAGAACACCGCAAGAUUGCUGUUUGUGUGCAGAUGGCCCAUCGAGCAGGUCUCCUUCCCGACCACAGACCACGCCUCCCUGAGGGUCACAUUCCAAAACCCAGACCCAACCCCCCACUCAACAGGUACCUUACACGCUACUCUGUGAAAUCAGUGAAGCCCAUCUACAGGACAGGACUGAAAUGGUGCAAGACUCGCAUGCCUGUAGGACACCCUGCCCUGAAGAACAAUGUCAGAUACGGCCCCAAGCCAAUCUACACAAAGCACUGACGUGUGCUCGAACAGCAGUGAAGGCCACAAUAUAGAUGGGACAGUUGGGACCUACAGGAAUAUUCACAUUUGAACUUUAUGGCUUCUUCUUUAGGCGAACUGACUGGUGAUCAGAUAUAGAGGUUAUAAUUUCUCAGUAACAGGAUAAAAUGAAACUUGUUGAAACCCUGAGUUUGAAAUAAGACAGUCUCAGUGUUCUGGAUAUGAACUCUACUCCCCUCCCCCCACCAUCCGCCUUCACAAUCACCUGGGUUACUGUUACACAUUUCAGUGUUGGUGUGGGUUGUUAGUCUUGUGUUCCCAGAACAAAAAGCAGAUGUUCCUGAUAAUAAACUGUCUCCAUGUA